AUGGAGGCUGCCGCACUCAGGCAGCCCGCCGGCGGCGACACCGCCAUGGAAGACGCCGGCAAAGUCGAACACACCCUCGGCUCCUCUACCGAACCACCCACCACCCCCCUCCUCGACAGCUGGAUCGACAGCCUCAUGCAAUGCAAACAGCUCUCUGAAGAAGAAGUGCGCCGCCUGUGCGAAAAAGCCCGCGAAGUGCUGCAAGAAGAAUCCAACGUGCAGCCCGUCAAAUGCCCCGUCACGGUCUGCGGCGACAUCCACGGCCAAUUCCACGACCUCAUGGAACUCUUCAAGAUCGGCGGCCCGAACCCGGACACCAACUACCUCUUCAUGGGCGACUACGUGGACCGCGGCUACUUCUCCGUCGAGACGGUGACGCUGCUCGUCGCGCUGAAAAUCCGCUACCCCUCCCGCAUCACCAUCCUGCGCGGCAACCACGAGUCCCGGCAGAUCACGCAGGUCUACGGCUUCUACGACGAGUGCCUGCGCAAGUACGGCAACGCCAACGUGUGGAAAUUCUUCACCGACUUGUUCGACUACCUGCCCCUGACGGCGCUGAUCGAUAACCAGAUCUUCUGUCUGCACGGUGGGCUGAGCCCGAGCAUCGACACGCUGGAUAAUAUCCGUGCGCUCGAUCGGAUUCAGGAGGUGCCGCAUGAGGGGCCGAUGUGUGAUUUGCUGUGGAGUGACCCGGAUGAUCGGUGUGGAUGGGGGAUCUCGCCGCGAGGAGCUGGGUAUACUUUCGGGCAGGAUAUCAGUGAGGCGUUUAAUCAUAACAAUGGGUUGACGCUGGUGGCGAGGGCGCAUCAGUUGGUGAUGGAGGGGUAUAACUGGAGUCAGGAUCGGAAUGUCGUGACGAUCUUUUCGGCGCCCAACUACUGCUACAGAUGUGGCAACCAAGCCGCCAUCAUGGAAAUAGACGAGCACCUCAAGUACACCUUCCUCCAAUUCGACCCCUGCCCCCGCGCCGGCGAGCCCAUGGUCUCCCGCCGCACACCGGACUACUUCUUGUAG